UUCUUCAAACCCUCCUCUUAUGUAGUAGUUCAACUCCCUUUCUCAGCUGCCACUUCGUUUUCCACCCUCACCGUACUAUAACCCUCUGUUUUUUUCUUUUUCUUUUAAGACAUUGUUGAUUCCUGAAAAUUUCACUUAGGAAUCAGUGAAGUGUGUGCUGUUUUUUGGGAGGAAAGGGUCUGGUCAUAAGUCUUUUAGUUCAUUGUAAUUUGGUCGGUCUCGAAAUGGGAAGGCACUCUUGCUGUUACAAGCAGAAGCUAAGAAAAGGUCUUUGGUCCCCUGAAGAAGACGAAAAGCUCUUGGCCCAUAUAACCAAGUACGGCCAUGGUUGCUGGAGUUCCAUCCCUAAACAAUCUGGCCUGCAGAGAUGUGGAAAGAGUUGCAGAUUAAGGUGGAUUAAUUACUUGAGGCCUGAUUUAAAGAGAGGCACAUUCUCUCAAGAAGAAGAAGAUCUCAUAAUUGAACUUCAUGCAGUUCUGGGGAAUCGGUGGUCGCAGAUAGCUGCACAAUUGCCUGGGAGAACCGACAAUGAAAUCAAGAAUCUAUGGAAUUCUUGCUUGAAGAAGAAGCUUAAGCAGAGAGGUAUCGACCCUGUCACGCACAAGCCGCUCUCGGAGGUUGAAAAUGAUGAAGACGGCAACAAGAUUCAACCGACAUCUGAUGAACAGAACCUUAUUGGUUCGACGAUAAUUGAUGGCAGCAAUACUCAACCAUCUGAUUCGGUGGGUCAUUUUCAAAUGCAGCAAUUGAAUUAUGAAGUUUCACCGUCUAGCUCGAACCCGACUCACUGGUUCACCCAAACCAGCAAAUAUUUCGAUAUCGACACCGAGUUUUCUUCAAACUCGAUGAUGUCAACCCUUCUCCCACCAUUGACAAGCGCAUUCCUCUCCGACAGUCCUUCAAUGGCGGCAACUUACGCAACCCGCCAUUGGGUAGCCGAUAGUGCCUCGGCAGGCUCAGCUAACAACAACAACACAAGCGCCAGCGCCGAGCUACAAAGCAACGACAAUUCCUUCUAUGAUAACAGCGGUUUCUCUUGGGGAUUAAUGGAAAACCAUGCAGAAGAAACCAAAUGGAGUGAAUAUCUCGACAACCCUUUGUUAAUGGCGGCGGCUUUGCAGAAUCAAACGCCGCAAUCUUUAUACAACAUCGAGAUAAAAUCAGAACCAUAUUUCUUGAAUUCAUCGCCAUCAUCAAACACUGUGUGGGGUCAAAGUCAAAACCAAGAGCAGCCCUUACAAAAUCCCGAUAUAUUUGGUAAGGAUAUCCAGGGACUGACUGCUGCUUUUGGACAUGUUUAGCUCUUGCAUCAUUCAGCCUGUUCUUUUGUUGUUGUUUUAGUGUCUUUUACUUCGCCUUGUUGCAUGCGACCAUGUUUGUGCAUUGAAAUGUUGGAAUUCUAUUUGUUGAUAAACAAAAAAGAAAAGGAAUUCGUUAGGAAU